AUGCUGGGUCACGACAUCUGCCAGCAGACCGUGGCCGACAGACUGCAACUACGCAGUCAAAACACUACAAAUAGGAACCAAAAUGUUUCUCGUCCCCACUCUUUCCCCCCUCUUUUCCCAAUCUACCUGAGAGCUCAGGGUGUUAGGGUAAGUCCCAUUACACUAGCAACUCGGAAUGUCCGCUCUUUCCUCCACAACCCGAAGAACAACCGACUGGAAUGGAGAAAAGCGCUAAUCGCCCGGGAACUGGCAUGGUUCAAGGUCGACAUCGCCGCAAUCAGUGAAACCCGUUUCUCCGAUGAAGGCCGCGUAGAGGAGGUGGGUGCUGGUUAUACCUUCUUCUGGCGGGGCCGCCCAAAGGCAGAGCGACGCGAUGCUGGCAUCGCCUUUGGUAUCCGA